UCUAAUAUGUGUAACCUAGAAUUAAUGAAUACUUCAAUUGACUGAUAAAUACUCAAACCAAGGUCCUGAACUCAUGCUGUUUAUGAAUAAUUCCGAUCAGAAAUAGCCCAUGUUAUAACUUGUGUUUUGUGCUAAUUAAAGCAUUUCAAAACUGUACAUUUAGAUUGUGGGCUUGGCUUAUUGAUGCAAAUGUCAUAAGGUUUUUUUGACUUCUCGUAAAUAUCAUUCAGAACUAGCCAACUUCCAUAUUCCGAUCUUAUUUUGAAUGUCUGUUAUGGUCAUUCAUUGAAUAAAUAAAAGGUUACCGGUAUUUCAAUGGUAUUCUCAAAUAUAAUUUCUUUAUAAAAGCACCUAAUAUUUCAUUUGGGAUUUUAAUAACAUUUGUUCAAACUGAAUUUUUCUAAAAGUGUCCAUUUGUUAUGAAUGAUGAUUCUGUUCAGCUCAGAAUAUCAGCAAUAUUUUAUGUUCCUUACAUUUCAUAUCUUUUGGGUAAAUUUUAUGUCUUCAUUCCAAUUUGUUCAGCAUUCUACUCUGGGGAUUAGACAACUUCACCAUAAUACUUUCAUGAUAAAUUUACAUGUAUUUAAUCUUCUAAUUUGGAUAUCCUAUUGUUGCUAUUUGUUGUUGUAUUUCCAGAGUAAUGUAGUAUUUUGGUCUCAUCCGGAUGUGUGGUCCAAUAAUAUAAAUGAAUCCAUUUUUACUGUAUAAUAAAUUUUAAUGCUUACUAAAUCGAUUGAAAUGAUUAGUGGAUCGUGAAGUGAUGCAUUAUUAAGAUACAUUUAAAAUCAGCAUGUUUGUAUAAAAUUUCAGCGGACAUUUCGUUGUUUUGUGAUAUCACAGAUAUACUGAAUCUUAAAGAGUCUUUGUUGUCUGAAUUCAAUUUUGACAACUUAUCUGGGCUGUUUAAUCACAAGUCACUAUUAUUACAAGAUUUAAACUAUCGUAGGUGCAGUACCUGUAAAUAUGUCAUGUAUCAAUCUAACUUUGAUGGAAAGGUUAAUUAAUAAGCAUGCACCUUCUGACUGAAUCCCAUACCUCAGUAGUUAAUUUUUUCUCAGAUUACAAAUUUACAUUACUGCCAGGAAUUCAAUUGUUUGUUAUACACUCUAUAAGGCUAUGGUGCAUCUUUAUUUCAUCAGUUCAAUUUUAUCCUGAAAAUUCAUGAAUUAUUUUUAUGAAAAACUCAACAUACAAAUAGGAGAUUUCUUACCAUGAAGUAAAUUUGUUUGUUUUUUCAAUAUUUUCUUGCUAACUAUUUCCUGUGUAGGGAGUAUUUAUUAUUCUGGGAAUACUAAUAUUAUUGCUUUUGAGGUUAAUCAAGACCUCCCAAAUCAUAUUUUUGGAAUUAAUAUAUGGGUGUUCAAUUUUUAGCCACAAAAUUAUGUGUUCCUUCAAUAUUGUCCACCAUAGUACCAAAGGCUUGUUUCAAAAACACAUUUGUAAAUAUGUAUUUGUCACAUUUUGUCUGAAGAACUUUGUCAUUUCACAUUAUUUGUUGAAAAUUACUAGGCUCAAGUAUGCCCUAAUAGGCUAAUAAAUCUAGCUUUCGUGUGAUUUAUUAAGAGCACAUGCUUGUUCUGUGUUAAAACAGCGAUAUUUGUUCUCUCAGACUUCUGAGUUUUUUACUACACGUAUUGUAAAAUUGUGUCGUUUUUGCAUUAAACUUUAGAAAAUAAAUAAAUGAGCUGAAAUUGCCCUAUAUUAAUGUGUUUGUUGUCAUGGCUUACGGCAUGCGACAUGUAUUGAGUCUUCCUUUCGAUACUCUGCUUCGUAGUAAACUUAUUUGUUGCGGAUUUUCAACGAUUGAUGAUUUUAAAGUCCAUUUGGAUGUUGAUAAACUGAAACAAGCAGUGGGUAUCACUGAUGAAGAAGCAGCACACAUCUUAAAUGUUAUCAAACCUUAUCUCGGCAAUGAGUUGUUGAAGGCAAGCACUAAUGUAUGCGGAGUGUUUGAGGGGCAGUUGUCAAAAAAGGUUGUGAUGAAAUCUGUUGCCUGCAUGCUGAAAGAGAAUUUGAAAGAAAUUCGACAUAUCGUCUCAUUUUCAUCAGAAGUUGAUAAAUUAAUGGGUGGAGGAUUUCCUUUAGGAAGGAUAACAGAAAUUGCAGGGGAAGCUGGUUUAGGGAAAACUCAAUUUUGCUUCCAGCUCUGUGUAGAUGUACAAAUUCCUGCUUGUCUUGGUGGUGUUGAUGGUGAAGCAGUCUACCUUGAUGUGGAGGGAACAUUUUUUCCGCAACGUGUCGCUCAAAUAACGAAUGCCACUGUUCAGCAUUGUCAUCAAAUUGCCGAUCUUUCAGGAAGUCCAGAAUGUAUUGAGUCAAUGAAAGAUUUUACAACAGACAAAGUCAUGUCCAGAAUAUUUUUGUUUUCUUGUAGAAACUGUGUGCAACUACUUGCAGCUACGCAUCAGAUGAAAGAAUUUUUGAAAUCACACCAAAAGGUUAAAUUGCUUGUAGUGGACAGUGUUGCACAAUGCGUGCGAGGUGAGGAAGAUAUGCGGUCAAGAUCCAAGUUUUUGAUGACACUCGGAAGAAUUUUCUUAGACAUUGCAAUGGAAUUUGACAUUGCAGUUGUUCUCACAAAUCAGGUUUCGACAAAGAUAAAUGAUAAACAAGGAACAUCAUAUAAUAUACCUGCACUCGGGAUAAGGUGGAGUCAUCUUGCUUCUGUAAAACUGAUGCUGAAUAAGAGAAAUCAGUCGAGAUUUCUACAUCAAUAUAAAUCACCUGAUAUGAAGGAUGGUGUUGCAGAGUAUAGGGUUGUUUCUGAGGGCAUCAGGGAUAUUGAAGAUCUUGCAAGGUCGCAACUGGAAGAAGAUAGUGCUACAAGUAGCUCAGCAUGGAAAGAAUAUUACAACAAACAGAAUACAGAGUCCAGAACACAAGAAGACUCCAGUAUUCAAUUUUACCCGAUCACACAAGGUCUAGCAACUGAGAUGAUGACAGAGUGGGAAUUGAAUGAUGAAAAGGACCAAUUCUCAAAUCAAUCAGAGACAAGAAAUACUGAAAAUUGCGCACAGCCAAUAACUUCCAAUACUCAAUUUCCAAAAGAAGAUAUCCCGAGCAAAUGGAUAGAACUUUCACAAAGACAGUUGUGUGACCAUGCAUAUGAAAUGACUGAAACUGAACAUGCUGCUAUUUUAGAUGCUGACAACAAUGUGGUGGAAAAAGGAAAGCAUGAAACGUCACUAACAACAACAAAUGGUAGGACUUUUGACAAAUAUGUCAAUUUAGAUAAAGAAAAUAGGAAUUCAGCAACACGAGAGACCAAGCAAACAAUACAAUCCAGUCGAAAACUCAGACAGAAAGUUGAAUCAAUCUUGCAACAAACUGUUGAAACCAUGUUAUCUUGUGAAGUUCCUGUGAAGGCACCACCGACCAAAAAACGUUGUCAUUCUGGCGAUGAAUUUCCACAGUCUGACAAGAGUUACAAAAAGUCAUGCACCAUUGAACAUUCAACAAAUAAAACCGACAAGGAGCAUUUAGUAAGCGACAGAACAGAAGAUACAUAUGAGAUAGAUAAAUCAACACCACCUUCACCCAUCUUGAAGAAUAAAACCAGGCGAAACAAAAAAUUAGAUUCACGAAUGUGAUUAUUUUUAUAUUUUACAAAUUCUGUAUGAUUUUUUGCUUUAAUAAAGUUU